AGGUUGGACCUCCAAACUUUUCCGAAAGUACUUUUUGACAGACGGAUGUGCUGGCCAAUAGGAACGCGCUUGUCUUGCUCUGGCCAACCAGAUGCCAGACUACAUAAAACUUUUGCAUGGUGUCGCGAUUGGUCUUGUCACUUGUGUCGAGUACAAGCAGAAGAAUCCACGCCAGAAGAAGAAAAAGAAGAAAACACCUGACAGUAGGCCACCAUGGAAUUUCGGGAGCAUCGGUGCUCGUGAACUGAAAAGGGGAGCGAACGCGUGUCCUUCCGAGGGAAGUUCCUUUCUGCCAGGGCGAGUAAGUGAUGUCAGGCCGAAGUGGAGCAGCUCCUCGCGGCUGCAGCAACCCCAACGUGCCGCUGCUGCCCCUCCGGGCCACGGUGCCCUACCAGAUGCUCCUUAAGACGGCUGAGCGGACCUCAGCCCGCCCGCCCAGGCCCACCAUGCGGCGGACCCUCUCCCUGGAUGCCAUCCUUGCGCCAUACCUACAAGGGCAGUGGCCUAAAGAGCCCAAAAAGAGUCCUUCGGGGAGCUGUGUCUGCGAUAAGGCCACUCAGACGCCAUCUUGUUGGGCAGAGGAGACGCAGAACAGGAGAAGUUUCGGCGGUCACAAGCGUUCUGCAUCGUGGGGCAGUGCAGAGCACCUCAAGGAGGUGGCCAAGCUGAGACAACAGCUACAGAAGCGAUCUCGCCAUGCUGCUCCCUCUGCGGCGGGGUACGAACCGUCACACCAUGCACUGACAACGGGCGUCACUCAGACGUCGCCUCUCGUACCUCUGAGUAGACUGGCUUCGCGUCUGCGGCGGAGUGUCGAAGGACUCAACUUGGAGUUGGAAGAGGUGUUUGUGUCAGAGAAUCGGGAUGACCAACAUGAGCAUUUGGACAUCCCAGACGGACACAGGGCUCCCGCUCCAGUACAGAGGUGCAGCAGCGGCUCCCAGAGUGAAUCGUCGCCUGGGCCCUUAGAUCUUUCCCUGCUGUCUCCUUCUCAGUCGCCGUGUCCCUUGGACCCUUCGCUGCUGUCUCCGUCCACCUCGCCUUGUCCUUUAAACCCUUUGCUCUUCUCCCCUACCCAGUCGCCAGAGUCUGCUACUCGUGAGGUCCUUUGUCCAUCUCCUUCCACGUUUUUCCCUUCAUAUGGAGUAGAUCCUCCAGUGUUGCCACCAUGCUCCACCUCCUCCUUCUCAUCACCGCCAUGUCUCGACCAAAGCCUUUUUUUCAAGCGGCAGCCGCCAGAGGGCAGCGAGCCGCUUCCAAUGUGCCAAGACACAAUGUUGGCGUGUCCGAACGAACUUCUCAACCUCCAGCCUUCCUGUCCUGACCUCAACAAGGUGAACUUCACCCCGCACGGCGGCUCUGCUUUUUGUCCCGUCAGCCUCCUUAAACCCCUCCUGCCUUCCAUGGAUCUGCUCUUUCGUGGUCUGUCCGUCUCCCCCGUCACCGGGUGCCCGGAGCAGGUGUCUCCCACCCGGCAAUUGGGCAUGCAGUGAGGGUGAAGACCAUCUCUGGACUAAACCAAUCUGAGUUUACUCGGAGGUUACUGGCUUGUCACUGUAGCCUUCAUCGUAGAUGAAUACAAAAAUGUUUUGGGCGUUUGUUACUGUAUUAGAAACCAACCCAUCCUGCUCUAAAUGGCUACUUUUAUACAAAUGCAAUACUAAAAAGAAAGUAUAUUUUUGUAGCUUCUUAAAACAAAUGUCAGGCUGGAGAAAUGAACUAAUUUCUAUGUUUAUACUGUGUCCAACUUCAAAAAGGAAGCUUUAAUUGCCUAAAAAUGAUAUCUUUCUAAAGUAUUGUGAAUGCAAGACUGUUAAAUGGAAUUGAUUUACUAUUUGGUUCUCACUCAGUCUUCUGUAUCGUGCCUACAAGAACGUUUUUCAUUUUUUUCUCAGCGAUGUGGUAAAACUUGACCAAAACAAUCCAAUAAAGAAAAUA